ACAGACAAGGCUGCGAUCAACCCCACCCUUAACUUAUUAUAGCAAUCAUCCCUUCGUGCAAAAUAUUCCGAGACAUUUCAAUCAGGAUUGAGGGAAUUUUGGUGAAAACAACUUUCGCAGAUGAUGGCUUCAAAAUCCCCUAUGCCCUCGGCUUUGACCUUCGACUUGUUGGCCCGCUGUUCUGUAAGCUGUCGUCGUUUUCGUUUCUCAUCACCGCUCUCUAAUUUCUACGAAAAUGUCAGACAACGAAAGCAAGAGCCGCCAAUUUGACUUUACCUCAUGGCCCAGUUCAAUUACCCAUGUUUAUGCCCGUGGCCACACAAGCAUCUUUGAAAGGCUUGACACCGCAACAAUUGGAAGAUACGGGUUGUCGACUGUGCCUGAAUAACACCUAUCAUUUAGGAUUGAAACCGGGACAGGAAGUUUUGGACAAAGUUGGAGGAGCGCAUAAGCUACAAGGAUGGAAUCACAAUAUAUUAACGGAUAGUGGAGGGUACGCUUGUCUACGCAUCAAUCCACUCUCCUCACCCCUUACUAAAUCUGACUUGGUGUACAUAGUUUUCAAAUGGUUAGUCUUCUCAAGUUGGCCAAUAUUACAGAGGAAGGUGUACGAUUCUUGAGUCCGCAUGAUGGUUCCCCAAUGUUACUCACGCCUGAGCAUUCAAUGUCUCUUCAAAAUUCCAUAGGAAGCGACAUUAUUAUGCAACUCGAUGAUGUUUUAGUUACUACCUCCCCUGAUGCAGAAAGGAUGCGAGUAGCAAUGGAAAGAAGCGUUCGAUGGCUCGAUCGAUGCAUUACUGCACAUGCGAAUCCGACUACACAAAACCUAUUCUGCAUUAUACAAGGGGGGCUAGACCUAGAUCUGAGAAGAAAAUGUUGCGAAGAGAUGGUAGCAAGAGGAACACCAGGAAUUGCAAUAGGUGGGUUGAGUGGUGGUGAAGCCAAGUCAGAUUAUUGUCGUGUAGUAAAUACAUGUACAAGUCUCUUACCAGAGAAUAAGCCAAGAUAUGUCAUGGGAAUUGGAUAUCCUGAGGAUUUGAUUGUCAGUGUGGCUUUAGGUGCAGAUAUGUUUGAUUGUGUAUGGCCUACUCGAACAGCACGAUUCGGAAACGCAAUUACCAAACAUGGAGUCAUAAAUCUACGACACGCCUCUUAUGCGAAUGAUUUUGGACCAGUCGAAGAAGGUUGUGGAUGCAUAUGCUGCAGAACAGGAGAUGGUGGUCUCGGUACUACCAGAGCAUUUGUUCACCACGUAGCCGCCAAAGAGACUGUUGGAGCACAUUUACUUACCAUGCAUAAUGUUUGGUAUCAGUUGGAGUUGAUGAGAAAUGCUAGGAAAGCUAUCAUUGAAGAUAGAUAUCCAGCUUUCGUGAAGAGGUUCUUUUCAGAUCUUCAUGGUGGAGAGAAAUCAAAAUAUCCAGAUUGGGCAGUGGAGGCAUUGAGAACAGUCGGUGUCGAUCUAAUGGAAGAAUGAGAGGUGGUUUCAUGACUAAUUACAGAAGAAUAGAUACCCCUUAUUAGAACAUUUUGAACACAGAAAUUGCUAGAGAAUGCAUGCAAUGAUAUCCCGAUGGAAAAA